CACAACAUCCUUAUAUACCCACUUUCUCCCCUACGAUCGGCGUUUCUCGAGGAUUGGUUCGUUGCGGACAUCGUCGAUUUUUCCAAAUAUUUUCGAUUCAUUCUCUCUCACUUAAUGGACUACUCCCUUCUCUCAUAGCUCUUUGUCCAUCCCGUGUAGUUGUCUUUGGGGAUAGGUCGGAAGGAUGAAACCCUCCAUUCCAUCUCUCAUUAGCCUUCUCUUCCUACCUGCCUAUGCGCAGCUUGAAUCCAGUGGAUCAACUUAUGUCCUCUCAGGCACGAUCCUUAAUUCAAUAGUACCGGAUGAAGUCCCAACGGGCACCGAAGCCUCAUACAUUUCGUACACGGGUACGCGAACGAUCUCAACAACCGGAACAUUCGGCAGCGGGCAAUCAGAGCCAGUACCCACGCUCUUAAAUGUGACAGAAACGUCAGGUUCAUCGGCGACGACACAGGAGGUUACCCUCAUUGGGGGAAACUCAACGCGAAAUGCCACACAGACAACGACAUCGGCACAGCCGAUAAACACACAACCGUGUAACAAUUAUCUUGAGUUCUGUACCCGGAGGUAUUCGAACAUAACAGAGGUUGCGGCGCAUAACUCCCCGUUUUCACGACAAGGAAAUGCGGCAUCGAAUCAGUAUCUCGGAGUGAUCGACCAACUCAACGAUGGAGUCCGAAUGCUUCAAGGACAGGUACAUUCGGUGAAUGAUACCAUGUAUCUAUGCCAUUCCAGCUGCGAUAUGCUCAAUGUCGGCACGCUAGAAGACUACUUGAAAACAGUAGCUGGAUGGGUUCGGCAGCAUCCAUACGACGUCCUCACAAUUAUCCUGGGCAACGCCAAUCUCGUCGAAGUCGGCAACUUCACUGCACCCAUCCAGAACAGUGGUAUCACUCCAAACCUCUAUGUCCCGCCUGAGAUUCCGAUGAGUGUUGAAAGGUGGCCAACCCUCAGCGAAAUGAUACUACGGCAGAAACGGGUUGUGUUUUUCCUCGAUUACAAGGCCGACCAAGAGGAGGUUCCAUAUAUUCUGGAUGAGUUUAGUCAGAUUUGGGAGACUCCAUUCAGCCCUACUGAUGUCAACUUUCCAUGCACGCAAGAGCGGCCUCCUGACCUCAGCAGAGAACAAGCGCUGUCGAGGAUGUAUAUUGCGAAUCAUAACCUCAACAUUGAGGUCGGCGUUAUGGGAGUGGACCUUUUGAUUCCCAACACAGCCUCGAUCAACCAGACGAAUUCUGUGGACGGUAAUGGAAGCUUGGGGCUGAUGGCCAACACAUGCAUCAGCGACUGGGGACGACCUCCAAACUUUUUGCUCGUUGACCAUUACAACAUCGGAAACGGCUCGGUGUUCGAGGUCGCCGCUCAAUUAAACAACGUCAAGUAUAAUCGCACAUGCUGUGGACAAGGCACAUCGCCUGGUUCGAGGGUUGCGAUGAAGUCGUGGUUGCACCUCAUCCUGCCAGUAGCCUCUAUAUUGAUAUUGACCCACUGAGCGCUAUGUUUGGUUGUUCAACCGCGUUCUAGAUUCUUUUCCCUUAGGACAGCAAGGAGUUCUUGUGAAAUGUUUGGAAUACCGACGAGCGUACCUCGGUUCCUCGGAAUCCCGUGGACUAUUCAUCAUGGCAAGACUGGAUCCCUAGUUGGUGGUUAGCAGUGUAUAAUCGUCUAUCUAGUAGGACUGAGUCCAUCACAAAUCGAUGCCCAUCCGCCAUCCUAAACUAUCACGAACCUGUACCGUCACUCUUCCCGCCUUAUAAUCUCACCUGUUUAAUCAGAC